UCGUCGGACCACCACACGACGUCCGAGUCAGAGAUUAUCUGACUCUUUCCACCCUCAGGAACUGCACAUUUCGCCGUGCCGAGGGCCCGACCCCAGGAUGAAUCCUGAAUAUGACUACCUGUUCAAGCUUCUCCUGAUUGGCGACUCUGGAGUUGGGAAGUCGUGCCUGCUGCUGCGAUUUGCGGACGACACCUACACCGAGAGCUACAUCUCCACCAUCGGAGUCGACUUCAAGAUCAGGACCGUCGACAUGGACGGGAAGACCGUGAAGCUGCAGAUCUGGGACACAGCAGGACAGGAGAGGUUUCGAACCAUCACCUCCAGCUACUACAGAGGCGCCCACGGCAUCAUUAUCGUGUAUGACGUCACGGAGCAGGAAUCCUUCAACAACGUGAAGCAGUGGCUGGACGAGAUCGAGCGUUACGCCUGCGAGAACGUGUCCCGGCUGCUGGUAGGAAACAAGUCUGACCUCGUCGCCAAGAAAGUGGUGGACGCGGCCACGGCUCAGGACUUGGGCUCGGCCCUGAAAAUCCCCUUCCUGGAGACGAGCGCCAAGAGCUCGGCCAACGUGGAGAGAGCCUUCCUCACCAUGGCCUCGGAGAUCCACCGGCGCCUGGCCAGCGAGGGCGGCAUGCAGGGCCAGACCUCAGGGGCCUCAGGGGCCUCAGGGGCCUCGGGGCCCAGCACCAAGAUCAACAGCGCCCCCGUGUGGCUGGGAGGGGAGAAGCAAACGCCAGAGACCAGCAACUGCUGCUGAGACGGAUAGUUUCUGGACUAAAUGUGUGUGUUUACACUCACACACGGUCACAUUUUUGACUUAUUUAUUAUUUAAGUUGAAACAGAAAUACUGUUUUAGAAUCUUUAACUUGAGUAAAUUACAUUUUUGAGUUUUUUUUUUAAAAGGCAUUUAUUAUAAUAUCUAUAUGCUUUUCCUAAACACAACAGGAAACAACAAAUAGUUAAAUAAUUUAGCCAAAUGACUAAACUUGUAUUUUCAUCGAUGGUAAAGUGGAAUCACAAACAUGUCUUGGUAUAUUUAGAUAUUACUUAAAUGUAUGAGCGGUUAAAGUUGCUUUUUAUUUGUACUGUUUUUUUUUCAGACUACUAUAGUUUCCCUCAAUGGUUACUUAUUUUAUUUAAU